ACGGGAACGGGAACGGGAACGGGACCGGGGGGCGGUUGUGCGGGCGGCGCGGUGUCCGCGUUCCGGGCAAGCCGCCGGGGUUUGCGUAGGGAGCGCGCCCCGUUAGCCCGCAGCGGUGCCGGGGAGCUGGCGGGCGCCGUUCCGCAGCGGGGCGGCCCCGCCGCUCGGGAAGCCCCGGGGCUGGGAGCGGGCUCGGCGCUGGAAGCGGGGCAGAAAAGCAGCUCGGGAAGCCCCGGGCGCGGCUCGGCCGGGCGGGGAGCGCUGCCCGUGUGCCCGCACGGGGCACGAGAGGGGGAGAUGCUCCCCCCCGGGUCCUGCCGUCCCGUACCUGUUUCGCGUUGGCACCGGGCUGCCCGAGCACGUGCCUUUAGGUCGGAGCCGCAGCCUCCUUGCUGGAGGGCCCGAGGGCUUCUUAGGGCACAGGACAGCCGCGGGUCGCCGGGCUCAUGCUGCUGAGCCAGCAAGGCCAGUGAGAGGUGUGCAGGGGGCUGCCCGGCUGCGCUGCUUGAGCGGGUGCAUGGGCAGAGUGGGGGACAGGAAGGCAAAGGAGGCCGUUCUGGGAGUUUGGGGUUUUCCUUCCCUCCUCACGAAGCUGUUCGGGUGCCCCCAGAGCUGGGCGGUACGUGCAAGAGCUACAGCUGAACCUGAGCGACCGACUGCUGGCCGGGACAGCAUCAGCCUGAGCUCCUCUAAAGCCCCUGCUUGGCUGCUGCCCCACUCUGGCCCCACAUCCCAGAGGUCCUGAACGCACCAAGCAGCAACACAAGAAGCUCAGCAUGAGUGAGCCGGAGAUGGUGGACCACCUCGCAAACACUGAGAUCAACAGCCAGCGCAUCGCUGCUGUGGAAAACUGCUUUGGGGCUUCUGGCCAGCCCUUAGCUGUGCCAGGAAGAGUCCUCUUAGGAGAAGGGAUUUUAACCAAAGAAUGCCGCAAGAAACCAAAGCCUCGCAUAUUCUUCCUUUUCAACGACAUCCUGGUGUACGGGAGCAUAGUGAUUAACAAAAGGAAGUACAAUUCCCAGCACAUCAUCCCCCUUGAAGAUGUCACUUUGGAGACGCUGCCAGACACCUUGCAGAUGAAGAACCGCUGGAUGAUUAAAACCUCAAAGAAGUCCUUCGUGGUUUCUGCGGCCUCCCUGACAGAGCGGAAGGAGUGGCUCAGCCAUCUGGAGGAGUGCAUCAGGCACCUGCUGACAAAGACAGGCAGGCAGCCCUCCACGGAGCACGCGGCCCCUUGGAUCCCAGACAAGGCGACAGACAUCUGCAUGCGCUGCACGCAGACCAAGUUCUCCACCCUCACUCGAAGGCACCACUGCCGCAAGUGUGGCUUUGUCGUGUGUGGGGACUGUUCCAGGCAGAGGUUUUUGAUGCCCCGGCUGUCCCCCAAGCCCCUGAGGGUCUGCAACCUGUGCUACAGGCAGCUGCUGGCAGAGCAGAAGAAGGAAGCAGAGGCUGAUUGCCAGCAGCUGGAGCGGUACUGUUCUGCCAUCCCAGGCUGCGAACCCUCCAGCGGUGACGACAGUGACAAAUCCGACGAUGACAAAGCUGACCAGUGGCCAGCAGACACGGAGUUUUAUACCUCAGAAGUAUCUUGGUCAUCUUUCCAUAGCUGACCUCCUUGGGAGUCAGUGGAAUUUAAACACUGGGAAGCCAACUUCUGGCCUUCAAUGCAUGUCCUCCUUAUCAUUUUCUCUGGAGGCCGUAUCUGGGAAGGUGGAUGUUGGUUCCUGUUUGUGCUGCCUGCGAGGGAACAAAGGGUCAGGGUGUUACCCCUUGUCAUUCUGAGAAUGUCUCGCAUGCAGAGAGUGACAGCCUAGUGAAGAGCCUGGACUAGAGACCUGCAGAUCAGUCUUGAUCCAAACAAGUUCACCCUUCUGUGCCUUAGUAUUCCUGUCUGCAAAAAUAGAACAAUACUAAUUUUUUAUUUUUUUUUUCUCAAAUGCUUUGAGAUUACCCUCAGGAGAAAAAGGAGCAAAUCCUUGACUUAAACAUGCUUGCCUGCUAGCGGUGAAUUUCUCUUUCAGAGGCAAGGGAAGCUCCAAAUAGGGCAAUGCAGAAAACUGGUGCUUUUGCUUCCCAUGAUGCAUUUUCUUAAGGAGAACAGAGAACUUCCAAGGCUGGCAUUUUUCAUAAGCAUUAGAUCUACUUCAGGUAUUCUCACUGCAGGUGUGCAAACCUGACUGGAUAGCUGCUUAUCAGCGUGUGGUAAGAUAGGCACAGACUUUGAUUUCUACACCAAGGUUUCUGAACUUUGGAAACACUAAGGAAAUUGUGCUGUGAAGGCAGAGGGGUCAUAUGAUGCUCAACGUGAGCAGCCUUAGCAAAGUGCUGGAGCAUUUGGCACUUUCAUAUUAAAAAAUAUAUGUAUAAUUUUGGUGAUACCGGGCAAGAAGGGAAGGAGGAGGGGAGGGGAAGAGGGACAGGUACAUUUAUAGAAAGAAGGGAAGGAGGAGGAAGCUUACUGCAUUUGAAUCAAGUGCAGAAUCCCAAACCUCACCUCCCGGCAGUUUCACCAGAUUACCAGAACCUGAUGACCUCAAGCCUACCACAUAAAGGGGUAGCCCAGUGAGGACUUGUUAAAAGUCUUCAAAAAUCCAGGAAAAUAUCCCAAGUAAAGAUCCUAUGAGGUUCAGUAUUUCAACCUCUACUCCCUUCCUGAACCAAGAAACUGAACAUUCAUUUUGAUGCUCAUUUCGCUGUAUCAGUCUCACAAGUUCAAAGUUAAGGUCCUUAAUGUGUUUUCAGGAUUAGAACCCAAGCAAGUUAUUUUGAGAUGAACUUAAAACAUUCAAAUUGUUAGAAAUGAACUGUGUUUAUUCAAAUAUUUUAUCAUAAUGUAGCAUGGGAGUAUGUAUACUGAGACUUAGACAACAGCAAUUAUAUUGCAGCAGACAUUUCUACAAACUCAGUUAUUAUUUUAGUAUAUUUUUGUAUUGUGUAUCUUAAAUUCUGGGAAAGGAACAUAUCCGAGGGUACACUGCCGAUGUUAUAAAUCAUUUCCAUACCAGUAUCUGGUCCAAACACUGCAUUGCAUAUCAGCUGGCCAGAGUUAUUUUAUUAAAAAAAAAAAAAAAUUAAGCUCAAAAUAAUCAUUUGUACCUUCUUUUGUAAACUGCCACUGUCAAAUGAAUUUGUAUUACUUGACUGUGUGAAUAAAGAUAUGGCCAACAUAAAGAAGCCAGAAAAA